UUUGCAAUGUCUAACUCAUCAUCAGUCAUCACAUACUCAAAAACUCAACAAGUAAAAUGUCUUCUCUAGGACAAAUUUUCGCCAUACUCGUGGCAAUGGCUUGUAUGUCAUGUACAAUGGUUGCAGCUCAAAACUGUGGGUGUGCUUCCGGCGUUUGCUGUAGCCAAUAUGGUUAUUGUGGCAACGGCGAUGCCUACUGUGGUAAGGGGUGCAAACAAGGCCCUUGUUACUCUUCAACGGGCAGUGGUGCUGUUUCGGUACAAAGUUUGGUGACAGACGCGUUCUUUAAUGGGAUUAUUAACCAAGCAGGCUCUAGCUGUGCUGGUAAGAGGUUCUACACCAGAUCUGCUUUCUUGAAUGCUCUCGGAAACUAUGCUCAGUUCGGCAAAGGUGGAUCCUCCGAUGAUACUAAGCGUGAAGUCGCCGCCUUCUUUGCUCAUGUCACCCAUGAAACUGGAAGUUUUUGCUACAUAGAGGAGAUAGCGAAAUCAACCUAUUGUAACGCAACCACAACAUGGCCGUGCAAUCCAAGCAAGCAAUACUAUGGCAGAGGGCCCCUUCAACUCACAUGGAACUACAACUAUGGAGCAGCCGGUAGAAGCAUCGGAUUCGACGGUAUCAAUGCACCAGAAACAGUUGCUAACAAUCCUGUUACUGCUUUUAAAACAGCCUUAUGGUUUUGGAUGAACAACGUCCACUCCACCUCCAGCCGAGGGUUCGGUUCUACCAUACGAGCUAUCAAUAGCAUCGAAUGUAAUGGUGGUAAUACAGGUGCUGUCAAUUCUCGGAUUCAGUACUAUAGACAGUAUUGUAAUCAAUUUGGUGUUUCUCCUGGGAACAAUCUCAGUUGCUAAGUACAUCAGUAUGUAAUAUAGUAAGAAGGGUGUUGGUUGCUACUCUAUGCUACUAACCAACUAUUAUAUUGUAAUUCAUGCAAAAUAAAAGGACACCUGCUUCAAAUUCAUACAAUAAUGAGCAAGCUUAUAAUAUGAAAUAAAAGUAUAUACUCCGUCUCCGUAGAUUGUUACUGUCC